AGAAGACAACUCUAUAAUGUCGUUCACAUGCGACGAUUCGGGCCGUUUGGCGCUCAUAAACGUUGCCUCACAGGGCGUCCAUUUGUGGGACUUGGAGGACAAGAUUUUGUUGAGAAAAUUUCAAGGCGUAACUCAAGGCUAUUAUACAAUCCAUUCGUGUUUUGGUGGCGUUAAUCAAGUGUUUGUCGCCAGUGGUAGUGAAGACAAUAAGAUCUAUAUUUGGCACCUGAAGCGAGAGAAGCCCAUAAGUGUGUUGACGGGUCACUCCCGGACAGUGAACUGUGUCUCGUGGAACCCCCGGUACCCACAGCUGAUCGCCAGUGCCUCAGACGACGCCACAGUGAGAAUAUGGGGGCCGACGCCAGACAGACCACAAUCAGCGGCCACUGUGUCGAUGGCGUCGUCGCCUAAUCUGUUAACCACGCGAACCAUGGAUUCAAACCAUUCGAGUCCCAGUACUUCAACUAAUGUUGUGAAACCAUAAUCGAGU